AUGUCACUUUACUACGAAGCCGCGGCGGUCCUCGCAAACACCGAGAACACAGGCGGGUCGCUCAAGUCGCGCAUAUACGGCAAGAAAGAUCUCAAGAGCACACCAGGCCAAUUGUUUGCGCUCAUUGCGGAAACGUCAAAAUGGUCCAUUGUGCUCAAGGAUGUGAUUGAGAAGACCAAAUUGCUUGCUGAGGAGAGGAAGCUUACGCCAAUCCUCGCUCUCCUUCUUACCCACGAUCUGUUGCUCGCGAAGAACGGUGUUGCUGCAGCCGCCAACCAUGUCCUCAAACUCGCCAUCACGAGACACAAAGCCCGUCUGAGCGCCGAGCUCACGAAAGCCCGCAUACGGCACGGAUACGCGACCAUAGAGGCGUUUAGGGAGGCUGUGAACGAUGGCGAGCUUGAGAAGGAUGAGGGUGAUGCGCCCAAGAGCCGCCAUCCACGCUGGGUGCGCAUCAAUACCGUCAAGACGACGUUGCAGCAACAGCUAUCGACCACAUUUGCUGGCUUUGUCAAGACUGAAGAUCUGAACGAAGUACUGUCUGCGCCUAAGAAGUCGAAGAUAUACUACGAAGAUCCCAACAUACCGAACCUGCUCGCCUUACCCUCUAAGAUCGAUCUGAGCAGGUCAAUCGCGUACACGAAGGGACAGAUCAUCUUCCAAGACAAGGCUUCGUGCUUUCCGGCCUAUCUGCUAGAUCCGCAGCCUGACGAUGGCGAUGUUAUCGAUGCUACAGCGGCACCAGGCAACAAGACAACACAUCUGGCAGCUAUUGUAUCUGACCGGAGGCGACCGGGUGAAGAACAGAAGGUCAUUGCAUUCGAGCGCGACAAGGGCAGAACUUUCACGUUGCAGAAGAUGGUCAAGCUUGCAUCAGCGGACAGCAUCGUCCAGGUUAAGGGCAGUAGCGACUUCAUCGCGGCAAAGCCUGGAUCCGACGAGUAUGCCAAUGUCGGUGCUAUACUGCUCGACCCCAGUUGCUCCGGUACUGGCAUAGUUGGACGUGACGAUGCAAUCAAGAUGCAUCUGCCAGAGUCACCAAACAGUCGCCCAGCACCGCAAAAGCCAGAGAAAGGAAAGAAACGGAAGAGAGACGACGAGCCUAAGGAAGCUGACCCUACAGCGACGCUUGACUUGGAUAUGGAUGAAUCGACACCUGAAGAAACACCAAUGCACGGCAAGCUAGCGGAACGACUGACAGCUUUGUCAUCCUUCCAGCUCCACAUCCUCAACCAUGCUAUGCGAUUUGAGAACGCGCAUAAGAUCACGUAUUCCACUUGUUCGAUACAUUUCGAAGAGAACGAGGGCGUUGUCUUCCAGGCAUUGGCAUCUUCUGUCGCAAAAGAACGGGGCUGGUCGAUUCUCAAGAGAGAUCAGCAAGUCGAUGGGAUGAAGAAGUGGCAUAGACGCGGAGUGUGGGAGGACGAGAAACUGGAGAUUGAUGUGGAUGAAUCGUUGAAGAGUGACGUACUGGAAGCGUGCAUACGGUGUGAUAAGGGUACGGAAGAAGGCACAAUGGGUUUCUUCGUUGCUGCCUUUGUCCGAGAUGGCAGUUCACAUUCGGCACCGAUCAUGGAAACUGCAGUCGCUGAAGUUGAAGAUGAGGAAUGGAAUGGGUUUAGUGGUGAUGAGAUGGCUAAAGAGACAGUAAAGCCUGUGGAGACACUGGCAGCUGAAGGAACUGAGAAGCGGAAAAAGAAGAAGCGCAAACACUGA